UACUUGUACUUUUACUCAAAUAUCCCUUUUAGGUACUUUAUACAAGACUGGAUGUGCAAAACAUCAAAUUUACAUGGAGUGGAAAUAUAUGUACGUGUUGUAACACAAACUAAUAGAAGAGAGACAUAAGGUUACAAUAACCAUAACAUCAACUGCUAUUAAGAUUAAUAUCCAUAAUAGUAUUAAUGAAGAUGAUGUGAAAACAUUUGAAAGGCAAAGAGGAAGAUGACAACAAACACACCUGUUUUUCUCCAUCACAGGGAAGCAAAACAGUCACUCUCUCAUAAACUUCGUUUAAUUAUUAUCAUUUUGUUUCCCCUUCAACUUGUCAUCUCCUCUCAUCAUGUAAUAAUUUGCCAUCACUGCUCUAAAGCAGACACACUUUAAUUCUUAUUUUCCGUCUGUUGCUGACAUGCUAAAAUGAGCCUAAUAGGUUAAAUGUUUUAAAAAGACAAUAAAACAGACGGGUGGUUGUAGUUACGAACAUAAACAUAGUGUAACACUGGGUAUAAGUGCAUGUUUUCAUUUCUGUAUUUGGUCGAAUUUGGUAACCUCUGGCAAUGCUUUGAAUUGGAGUUGCAGUAACCAUUUUCAAUACUAAAGUACAGAGACCCAUAGACUCUUUAUGUGGCCACAAAAUAGGUAUAACUUGCACACAAAUACUACUUCAUAACAUUAACAUCAUGAAUUACCUUGAGAGCUGCGUAAGCAAAACAUUGCGUAAGAAGGCUGGAGCUACACAAGACAUGUGAGAGAUUUUUAUUUUAGGCUGGGAAUGAGUUACAAAGACAUUCUCAAUGCCUGGCACUGCAAGCAUUCAUGAUUACCAAAAAUUAUUUCCGAAUUAUUACACAAAUUAAUCUUUUGUGCACAUGUUCUACGUAUUAUGGGGCCACAACUAAUAUUUCAUGUGCAUGUUAAAGCUAUUUCAUGGCCAUGAAUACAAGUUUUUUUCCCCAUGUCAUAUCUGGGGCAAUAUAAGUAAAGAAUCUGCCAUUGUAACAUUUUUGUUUUGUUUGUUUUUCAAUGACUAUUAUGAGUGUGCCCCUUUAUUCACUUAAGCCCCUGAAAUGACUGUACACGCCACUGCCCGCUUGAACAUACCUGUACGUGGAGCUUAAGGUUGAACCUCACGUAUCCAGUGAGGUUUUAGUAAGUCCAGUAAAUCCUUUAUACUGUGAUAAAUAUAAAAUAAAAGAAACAGUUUUUUAAGCGUCUCUGUAGUUCACUUUUGGUUCAGUUUCACUCUUUGUAUCCCAGUUUCACUCCUACUGUGAUAAUAUUUCCACUCGAGUGAUGGAGUUGAUUGCAAACACCUGCGUGUGUUGAUCAGCGGCGACACGUGCGCGCUCUUGUUGAUCUCGAGCUCUCGGCAGAGAGUGUCUUCAUGUGUUGACUAGUGCCGUUGUUUAUAUAAUGGAAAAACCAACGCUGAUAUCAGCUGCCCUUCGUUAUUUUCGCACCGUUGUCCUCCUUCUGCUGGUCACCCACAGCUGCCCGCCGGUCUCGUCCGCUCCGGCUGCCCCCACUGCUCUGCGCAGCCUGGGCGAGCUCAGCUACCCGUACAGCAGCAUCUUCUCCCCGCUGCUCAAGGCGCUGGCGGAGCACGGAGGCCCGAGCUGGAGCCCAGGUCUGAAGAAAAAGAUGAAACCCGAGCACAGGUACAUGAAAUAUCUGACCGAGGUUUACAAGAAGUCCUCCAGAGUGCCGAGGAGUCUGGACGGGAGCAAAAUCUACAACACAGUCCGACUGAUCAAGCCACAAGAUGAGUGUCUAGCAAAGAGUAACAAAGAAAGUUAUAUGCAGGAUCUUUCCUUCAGUCUUGAUCAAGUAAGAAGAAAAGAACAGCUUUUAAAGUCAGCUCUGCUGUACAGUUUGGAUGACAACCGCGCAGCACCCAUUAACUCUGUUUGCUACCUCAGUGUCAAGGAGCAGGAGCAGUCAAACCAGCGUCGGCUGUGUCCUGUCGUCCACCACGCUGUGAACUUUACAGCUGAUGGGAGGAGCAAGAAGAACUGGGUGGAGGUUGACGUCACCUCUUUUGUCAAGCCUCUCUUAAAGUUUCAGAAGAAGAACAUACACCUGUUCAUCAAUGUCACCUGCCCAGAUGAACAAAGAGUCAGAAGCGAUGGGCAUAAAGGCACACUGGAGUUGAGUCUGAGGCCCCCCCCUCUGCUGCUCUAUCUCAAUGACACCAGCAAAAUCACUCACCAGAGGUCAUUGGGCAACGCUAAACCGGGUGAGAGGGCGAGCACUGCAGCGACCACAUUUCACAAGCAGAUGGUGCUCAAACCAGUACAGAGGUUUGGGCGCAAGAGGAGAUGGAAGAGACAAUCUCUCAAGAACAAACGAGGUGAUAAAAGCCUGGACAUCCACCUGCCUGAGCUUCUCCCCAGCUCCGAGUUCCCAACAAGUGAUUGUGCCUUGUAUGAUUUCAGGGUGCGAUUCAGCCAACUCAAGCUGGAUCACUGGAUUGUUUUUCCUCCCAAGUACAACCCCAGAUACUGCAGAGGCAUCUGCCCGAGGACCAUGGGCUUCAUCUACGGCUCACCCGUCCACACCAUGGUGCAAAACAUCAUCUACGAGAAGCUCGACUCCUCCGUGCCCAGGCCCUCAUGUAUUCCCUCACACUACAGCCCGCUGAGUGUCAUGAUCUUUGAAGAGGACGGAUCGUAUGUCUACAAGGAGUUUGAGGACAUGGUCGCCACCAGGUGCACAUGUCGCUAAACUGCCUACCAACCAAUACUUGUUUUUCUUCCUACCUCUUUACAAGGCUGGAUAGCUCAACUCCUCAACAGUCUGCACAGGUGGACUCUACCUCCAGAGUGUUUCCUCAUUAUCCCAGUAUCAGAUAUUCUGACGAGCCUCAGUGAUUUCAUGAAUUUAUAAAAUUGUUGUGCAUGAUCUGGAGCAGGUGUGUUUACUUAAAAUUCAAGAAGUAUUUUAUCCCAAUGAAAAACAUGGAAAAGGUGACAUUUGUUUUCAUUUCAUUAAGGCGAGAGAAGAGAGGGUGAAAAAAUGCAUCCUAUUGUUCCAGUUGCUGUUUGCAUGAUGGCAUUGAGUCUGACACACUUGAAGAAGAAAAUGUGUGAUGUAUGAUUUAUAUAUGAUUUUCUUUUAAGUUAUUUUCUGUUAACUUAUUUUGGUUGGGUGGUCUGUUAUUCUUUCAUUUAACACAAUCGUCAAGUUUUAAGUAGCCCUGUUGUGGAUAAAAAGAUGACGAAGCAGUUACAAAUCCUUAUCAAACCUUUUACAUAUCGUUUUAUUCCUGGGGAUUACAGGCAUCUGUCUUCAUAAUGUCCAGAAUGAAAGUUGUCAAGGUUUCAGUGUGUAUUUAUUACUUCUGGUCACUGAGUGACUGCAUGCAUUAUGAAUUGACUGCAUACAUCUGACUUUGUACUGGUUGAAUGUGACUGAAAGCAUGUCAUGUCUCUUUAUACAAAUUGAAUGAAUUCACUGUGUGUCUGUGCUCAGUUUAGAGAUAACAACAGAAUGAAAAUAUGUUGACAAGUUGGAAAAUAAAAAAAAAAAUAUAUAGGCAUAAAUAUUGUCUGUCUGCAUACAGCUGGCUAAAAUGCUCACAACAGGGAAUAUAUGCAGUAAAGA